CGAAAACUCGCUGCGGUUAACAGUGGUGGAUCGGAACGUCCCUGAGCGCGGAGUAGAGGAGAGUACACGGAGAUACAGUCUUUGGGAGGAGAUAGUGCUUAUUUUCCCUCUCUCAACUCUAACAACAAAAUUAAAUCCGAUUUUGGUUCAGAGUGUCGUCUAACUACAGCAAUCGAAACGUGGGAGGAACAAAGGAUUUGAUCUGCAAGUUUUUCUUUAGCAUUUGUUUUCUUUUCAUAAAACAGGAUUCUGUUGGAGGCUCGCUCGCACUCUAGACGCAAAGAUGAUGGUUGGAGAGAUCGAGGUGAAGGAGAGACCGAGGCCGAGUCCCGACUAUUUGAUGCAAUUGUUAAACGAAAAGAAGCUGAUGACCAGUUUGCCAAAUCUGUGCGGUAUCUUUACACACCUUGACAGGCUUCUCGAUGAAGAGAUCAACAGAGUGAGGAAAGAUAUGUACAACGACACAGCCAACGGACCUGUAGACAAACACCCUCUGGAAUUACCCGAGGCCCUGGGGCCAAUCAUUCAUCUGCAGGAAAAGCUCUUUGUGCCUCUAAAAGAGUACCCUGAUUAUAACUUCGUGGGCAGAAUCCUGGGGCCUCGUGGACUCACCGCCAAGCAGCUGGAAGCAGAAACUGGAUGUAAGAUCAUGGUGCGAGGCAAGAGCUCCAUGAGGGACAGAAAGAAGGAGGAGCAGAACAGAGGCAAGCCCAACUGGGAGCAUCUGAACGAAGACCUGCACGUCCUGAUCACGGUGGAGGACACACAGAAGCGCUCUGAGAUCAAGAUGAAAAGAGCCUUAGAGGAGGUCAAGAAGCUCCUGGUGCCCGCGGCGGAAGGAGAGGAUAAUCUGAAGAAGAUGCAGCUGAUGGAGCUGGCCAUUCUCAACGGGACGUACCGAGACACCAACAUCAAGACACACCCCCUUGCGUUCUCUCUUGCAGCGGCGGCCGCCGCCGCUCAGGGCCCCCGUCUAAUGCAGGCCCCCCAGGGGCAGUUGAUGGCCCCCCAUCAGCAGAUGAGGCCCCCCACACCGGCAGGGCCCCCCAUCAUGAACAUCAUCCGACAACCCCAAAUGCAGGGCAUGUUACCCAAUGGCACCCCAACCCUGGUGCCUCCCUCACCAGAAGGCGGCAUCCUCUACGCCUCCCCGUACGACUACCCGUACGCCCUGGCGCCCACCUCCCUGCUGGAGUACCCCAUCGACCACAAUGGGGUUCUAGGUAAGCGACCCUGGGGCCUGGGCGGCGGCCCCUUUAGCCCCGGACAGGAGGGCAGCUUGUUUUACCCUGGGUUUAUGGACGCGGCUUCGAUGAGCCACGGUCAAGACUUGUUGAAAGGUGCAAUGGCUACUAAAAUGAGACGACAUGACUCGCGCGUCCAUCCUUACCAAAGGAUUGUGACCGCAGACAGAGCCGCCACCGGCAACUAACACAUGACCUUCUGACUUCUGAACUCUUCACCCAAUGACGAGCCGCCCCAAGCCUGCCUGCUGAUCAGUUAACUGGUAAUUGCCUUUUGCUAGCCUCUCGGGACGCAGUGAGAAAGAGGUGCCUGCCCUUAGUUACCCUAACAUGUUUUUGAUUUAAAAAAAAACAUUAAAAAAAAAUAUAUCACAAUCUCAUAGAAACACAUCAAACCCAAGUUAUUAUUUUAUUGAUUUCUGUUCAUUGAGUUGAAUUCUCAUUCUCUCUCUUUCUUUUUCUUCAUGAAUCACAAACUGGGGAGAUGUGUGUGUUCUAAUGAAUCUGCACGUAAUUAUAAAAUAUAUAUAUAUUUAUAUUUAAAUAUGUAUAUAAAUUAUUAAAUAAUCUCAAUAAAGAUCCCUUCCUCCCUGUCGACCUCCCCAUACCUGCUCUGAUUCGGUGACCUCACUAAUAAUUACUGAAUAAUGCUAAACGGGAACUGAAACCAAACUGUAUGCCCCCAGGUCCCUCGUUCCCUCCCCAUUCCACACUUGCUUGUGGGUCAUUUGAUAGAAAAGGAAAUGGAAGGAAAGAGAAACUACACUCACACCAACUUGUUGAUUCUCUGUCAUUUUCAUAUGUAGUCGUGCGUUAUGAACCUCUGAGAUGAUAAUGUGCUGACACAUUCUGGGUGUGCCCUCCAUGGUUGCCUGUUAAAAGCAUGGCUAAAUUGACUACAAAUGGAGCUUAUUAUAAUUUGUUUUUGUUUUUCUUUGUUUUUACUUGAUUUUUCUGUUUUCUCGUUAUUACAUUCUAAUGAGCUCUUUUGUGAAGGACUAGCCAGACAAAGCAGGUUGUUAGAAUUUAAAAGGUAGCUUUUGAAGUGGCAGGCCUAUCAUGGGCAGUUAGCAGAAGCUAGGUGGGGUGCUGGGGCAGGGUGAUAUGGGGAAGAAUCAGGAUGAGAAGCGGUGUUUCUAUUACUAUAAUGAAAGUAGGAUGGGUUGAGGGCACAGUGGAUAUAUAGUCAACUAGCUACUGAACUUAACUAUGCUCCUCCACACUGUGUCCAAGCCUGAUCUAUUUAGAGAAAUUGUGCGAGCUGUGAUCUAAAAGACAAAAAAAAGUAUUGUGUGCAUAUUUAGCCAAAGGGUUUCCAGUUGAAUUAUAUCUACAUAAAUAUGUAUUUAACCGCAGAGGGCUCUCCGUCAUUUUAGCGUUUGAAAGGGUGUGAUUUCAUGGUUGCGUAAGUAAAGCUGUAGUUCCCCAUGAAGAGACAAAGGCGAUUAACACUAAAGAUGGCUACUGGUGGAGGGGGGAUCCUGAUAGUGAACUUUUGUAUAUAUUUCCUUUUCUCUUUUUUGAUUUUGCCUUUUUGUUUUUGGUUGUAUCCACACCCCUGGCAAAGAAUGCAUUCUCAUUGUGCGUUUCAGCAUUUGGCCAAUUCUCUAUGCUAGUGUGUUUUUGUAGUUUUCUUUUAAUCUCUUUCCAAUUUGAUACCAAUCAAGUCAUCCUGGGGGACGGGAUACUUGCCCUCAUGCAAAUAUGCCUGUUUGAAUUCAAAUGACUUUGGGGGGAAAUGUAUUUAUUUUUAACCCUCACCAUACCAGUUUGAAGUCCCCCAAUUAGCACAUCCACAAUGUGUCUCCAUGAAGGUAUAGUCCAGCUCCUGAGCCCUGACCGUUUCUUUAACUCUUUCUCAAGAACAAAAAUAGGAUGUGAAAGCCAUGCCUGCCUGUUCAAAUUGCUUUAUACAUACCUGUUUUUAUAUAUACACACACAUACACACACAUACACACACACACACACACACACACACAUACACACACAUACACACACACACACACACACACACACACACACACACACACACACAGAGAGAGAGAUACACAUGUAGAUACCUGUCAUUACAUAUUAAAGAUGGAGAACAAAAUGAAAUACUCUUACAGGGUGCUGGAGAAGAAAACAUAUAUAUUUUUGGCAAUUUUAGCUUUUUAUACUUGCAGUUACAAAAUAUGAGAAAAAAAAAAGUACAAAAAAAUAGUAUGCAGAAAAAGGACAUGUGGCGAAAAUGCUGUGUUACUUUGGAUAUUAUUGGCUUGGAAAAUAAAAAAUAAAGACCAAAAUAGUCAUACCUAGGAACAUUGCAAGGAUGUAAGUGUUACAAAGAGGGGUUGAGAGAGACACAGAGAAUAUUUCUUUUGUUUUUAAAGUUAGAAGAAGUGCCUUAUCGACGGUUGUUUCUUUUUCCAAGUGUUAACAUUCUGUUCAGUAAUAUCCAGCAACAACUAGGAAACUGCAGAGAGGAACGGCUUCUGUAUGCUCUCUGAAGAGUUGAGCAGGGUAGCUCCGUCAUUAUUGCUGAGCUACUGAAGUUAUUCUAUGCAAAAAGAAUAGCAGUCGUAUGACCAGCUAAAAUAUGUGCCAUGGUUCGUCUUCCCAAGUAUCAGUUCAGUUGUUUUUUUUUUGUUUUUUUUUAUUAUUAUUAUUUUUUUAUAAAUCUUUGGCCCUUUUCUCUGCCAUCGGAACAAGUUUCAUUUCUUAUUUCUCUGCGUUUUGAUUUAACAUGUUAUCCUUGUCUUGUUUUCUGGUAACUGUGAUUAUUCUACAAAGAACAAACUGCCAAUAGCAGCGCAGAAGUCUGCCAGGACAUUUUAUGAAUAAAUUGAAUAUAAAAUGAGAUUAAGAGGGGAAAAGCCGUUUGCAUGUAUACCUCUGUUUCAAAAUCUGCAAACUGAUAACAUCCACUCUAACAAUGCUUUCUCACUACGGUUGGGGAAUGUAGCCAACCCGUUUUAUAAUCCUAUGACCUAAAGACCCGAGAGGGUUUUCCCAGAUGCUCUUCGGAGCUCUUCAGAUUGGGGGGGGGGGGGCUGGAUGACAUGUAUUGAUUACUAUGUUAGUCAAUAUGUAGCCAUUCUGGAAGUGAUCGACAUACAGCUGGAUGAUAUAGCAGAGAGACUAGAAAAGCGCCUUGCCUCCCUACAGCUAAAAUGAUGAGGCCGCCUGCACUCUUAAGGUCCAUACUACUGAGUAGUGUUGGUUCCAGGUGUGAAUACUGGAACAGGUGAAGACCCGCACAUGGUAGAACAAACGAUUACAUCCAAAACUGAGGCUUGAAUGCAAAAUAAAGAUGGUUAUUAGAAUAUCAUGCCCCAAAAAUCAUAGUGCGAGAGAGUGCAUAAAUGAAAGGUGAAAAUAAAACAAACGUUUUGUCCUUAGGCCAUCUCUACAGCUAACACAACUUCACAGCCAAGCAGUUUUCAGUUAUUGAAACAAAAAAGGGGUAUAUCUAAUCAAAGAAAAAAAAGACUAUUAAAAAAUCAAUUGAGACAUGAAUUCUAAAGUAUUUUACCUUCCCUGGCAGUCUGAUACUAUUUAUUUUUCUCAUACAUGCUUUACACAGAAAAGGUCAAUAUGUUUUUAGUGUUAUGAAUUAUUCUUAAUUUAAAAAAAAUAUAUUUUUUUUUUUAGAAAUGCAAUAUUAACAUGGAGCAAGAUAUGACAAGCAUUUUGACAGUAUUAAGAAAUGUUCCCUCAUACAAUGGCACAGCGUGUUGUAACAUUGCAAAGGUUGGUUUAGUUCAUCAGGUAUAUGGUGAAAGCUACCGUAUUCUCUGGCCUGCCUAGUACGAUGUAUGAUCAUGUAAUUUACAGCCAUUGUUAAAGGUUUAUAAUGUAUUUUUCUAAUCUCAUUUUAUAUGUAUAUUAUAAAAUCCUUUUUCUGACUUUUUUUGUUGUUGUUGAUGAAGCCCACUGCAAAUUGUUUUUGAACCCCCCCCUUUACAUCUUGAAAUCUGUCCCUCAUUAGGAGUGUUUCCUUUCCUAGAGUUAGAUUUAGUUUUCUUGCCAACUCCUAGCUUGUUUAACUCAUUAGUGACUUUUCGUUUCUUGUCAUAAGUAUUUUUACAUGCUUGCUUUUUAGUUUUCAUGGUGUGUGCUGUUAUAUUUCUUAUUAACCCCUUGGCAUUUAUUUUAAUAAAACAUUCUUAGUAAGAAUUUUA